AUGAAAGAGGUUUAUCUGCAUUACAUGUAAAUGAUGUAAAUUUGUGCAUUUUAAUGCAUUUGAAAGACAAAAGGCAUAAUAAUACAUGCUUAAAUAACCUAGUGAAUGAUAAUUCAAAUAACCAUUAAUAUGCUCAUCAGUAGUCGAUGCAAUGUUGAAAUGUUGAGAAAACACCUUAAAAUUGAGAUGAUUUAGACAGUGACUUGCCUUUGUGUGAAAGUCUACAAAACUGAAAGACUUUCUGAAUGUACGGUAUAUAAGCGGUAGGCUAUUUUAGCAUGGAAAAUUUAAAAGGUGAAAAAAUAAGAAUUAGGGAGAAUCGAUAAAUUAUGAAUCAUUUAUCUGAAUAUGUAAUCAUGCAAUCACUAAAAAAAGUAAGUAAUCUGAUUACGAGUAUAUUAAUGUGUAAUCUAAUUACAAGUACUUCAUUUUUAGAAUCUGAUUUUAUAAUCCAGUUUACAUGUGAUCAGUAUCUGCUCAGCACUGCUUGAUAUACUCACAUAUAUUCUCAUUUUAUCACUCGUUAGGUCCAAGCAGAAAUCAAGAAGUCAUGGAGUCGGAGGACUCUCGCUCUGGACUUCAAGAGAAAAGCCCGGAGUGGCAGUAACACGUAUAGCUAUGGACCCAUGGUGUCUCACACCAGUGCCACUAACGUGACCGCACGGGGCCCUCUGGCCCAUCACCUCACCACACGCCUGGGGCCCGUCUCCCUCAACGGCCACCGGAACCUCCCGGGAUACGUGAAGAACGGCUCGGUCUCUGAGAACUCCAUCCCGUCCUCAGGUCAGGAGCUCCAUAUACAAGAGGAAGAACCUUCAAAGAGCUUCCAGGUGGAAAAAAACAUCCCGGUGGUGGAGGAGGAAAGAGAAACAGUCAUGUGACUUCACAAUCCUUAAUAAAGACAAUGAAAAAUGUCGAAGGAUUAGACAGUCCUUUGUUACUCAGGAUUCCCUCACAAUUUGGGUUGUGGGACCAUCUCAGAUGUACAGUUGGAGGCACGGUGACUGACCUAAUGGACCAGAUAUGAUCUGUGUCUUCUAAAUGAGCCACAUGUUCUUGAAAGACUUGGAGCUACUACAGGC